AUGUCCGGCGGCGUGGGCCCGACGGCGGGCGGCGGCAUCACGCUGCCGUCGAUGGGGCAGCCGCCGCCGCCGCUGCACCCGACGCCGACCUCGCCCACGGCGCGCCCGCACCACCACUACUACCUCUUCUCCAUCAAGCAGCUCAACACGCUGGGCGCCGCGGCGGUGCUCGCCUUCUCCACCACCGUCCCGCUCUCCGACAUCGCCUUCGCGGUCCUGCUCGUCCCCUACCUCGUCCUCCUCGCCGCGCUCGCCUUCCCGCAGCGCCCGGGGAAGCCCAACCCGGCGGCCCCCGUCUUCGCCGGCCCCGGCCGCGUCCUCCUCGGCGCGCACACCGCGGCCGGCUUCCUCGUCGGCGCCGCGCUCCCGGCGCUCUACAUCCUCGACGGCCUCCGGUCCGGGGACACCACGGGCGUCGCCAACGCGGCCCCGCACGCCUUCCUCCUCGCCUCGCAGGUCUUCACCGAGGGCCUGACGGCGGCCUGGCCCUGGCGGUUCUCGCUCCCCGUCAGGGCCGCCGUCCCCGUCAUGUACAGCGCGCGCAGGAUGUUCGCCGCCGGGGAGUGGCUGCGGCAGGAGAUGGAGGAGAAGCGCGGGGGGCCCGGCGUCGACCCGCGCCGGCUCGUGGCCGGGAGGGUGCUCGCCGUCGCCAACCUCGCCUUCUGGGGCGCCAACCUGUUCGCCUUCCUCGUGCCCUUCUACCUGCCCAGGGCGCUCCAGAGGUACUACUGCGGCAGCGCCGACGACGGCACCCGCGGCCGCAGCGACGGCAACGGCGAGGAGAAGAAGGAUUCCUAG